ACAACUCACCACACAAAUGAUGGCUUCUCGUAAGCCAGUGUAUUUUUGCGCAGCAAGUCGGACUUAUCUCCCCUUGUUCCCAAUGCGAGUUUAGAAACAGCUGUACUGUCUUGCCUAGCAACCGAUUACGCUAUUUUCUGUGGUUUCACGGCUUGGAUUGAUAUUAAGUAAUUUGUUCCACUGAUUUACUAAAUAACGGUUACAUGUGUUCACAUUUUUUGUUUUACCGAACAUUCGACUAUCCCAACCGUGAUUGGCCUUGUGCAGCUUUCAUUUUGUUAAGCGUUUUGGACUUUUAAAGGCUGGCCGUGUUUUAAAGCUAAACAUUGGAUCUGACCUACACGCUGUGUAAGAAAUUAUAAACUCAAUGUGUGUGAGGCUUAAAAAGGGAAGUAAUAAUUAAAAUACGCGAUGCUUUUAAGAACAUUUUUGUGCAGCUUUUUCGUUCAUGUAUUAACAAAAUAGAAAGAAUAAAAUUAGCAAAUGGAUGUUAUUCAUCGACUGAAAGUUAGCAGACUUCUUACUGGUUCAAUACUGGAGAACUAGACAUGGAACUCUCUACUUACCAAAGUAUUAAAGGACUAUAUUUCUUACCGCGUCGUUGACAACCUGGCAGUAUGAGCAAGAAAAACUGCACGCCUGGUGAUGAGCUCGAGAUACCAUUGACCCUAGUGCUAGACUACAGUGACUUCAAUGCCACCUACCCCAUAGGCAACAUCCCAGCCUGGGAGGUCACUUUAAAAGUCGUCUUCUACAUCAUCGCCAUGGUGCUGGACAUUGUCGGCAACUCCAUUAUCAUCUUUAUCAUCAUCCUCAACCGUAAAAUGAGGACCACCACCAAUGUGCUUAUAUUAAACCUGGCUGUCAGCGACCUUUUCGUUGGCAUCUUUUGUAUGUGGAUUCAUAUGGGCAAUCAGAUUGACUCCAACUGGCCUUUUGGAUCUUUUAUGUGCAAGUUUACAAAUUUCAGCCAAGUUAUGUCAGUAACGGCGAGUGUUUUAACCCUGACCAUCAUCUCAGUGGAGCGGUUCAUAGCCAUUGUCUACCCAUUCAAGGCCAAAUGGUCAGCGCUGACCACUGUCAUCGUUAUUGUCUGUACCUGGGUCGCUGCCAUAGCAACCGCCUCACCUCAUCUGUUUGUCCGGCACCUGUUUAAGACCCUGUGGCAGGACAGGGAGGACAGAUGGUGUGCAGAAGUGUGGACUCAGUAUUACAAAGACAGAGACUGCAACACCUGGCCGCGCGGGAAGGUGGUCUACUACUGUGUGGAGGGGAUUGUCAUGUACUUCCUGCCCAUCGUCAUCAUGAUAGUCACCUACUCCAUCAUCUCCGUCAAGCUGCUCCACCGGCGGGCGCCGGGGUCUCUGAUCAACUCCACGUCAUCGGCACAGGAUAAGUCCAAGAAGAAGGUGAUCAAGAUGUUAGUAGCUGUCCUGGUAGUCUUCACACUCUGCUGGACACCACAGCAGACUCUGUUACUGAUGAGCGUCUUAGGGAAACCGACCACUCGCAGUGACAUAAAGUAUACAGCAGUGUUCGUAGCGUACUUCAACAGUGCAUUAAAUCCUAUACUAUAUGGAGGCUUCAAUGAGAAUUUCCGGAAAGGCUUCAGUGAGGCGUUUAAAUGUGUACUAGUUCAGAAACGAAAUAAAAUUGGAAUAGACAGUACAGCCAGAUCUAUGGCACCUCAUAGUAAGAUAAUGCACGAUCCCCACAGUUUUAAUUCUCAAGAGGACGGCCAUUAUUCAGCAUUGAGCCCUGCUGCAUCACAUCUUCAUGUAGACACCAAACAUGGUUAUAGUAAUACAUUGCAAGUUCCGGUUUCAACUGUCUAUGAAACACAAGGUGUCGCAACAAAUAAAACACCAGAACUAUCAGCACACUCAGCGUCCAGGACACCAGAAACCAUGACGUCAUCGUUGAAAUCGGACAUUUUCGUAGUCAAGUGCGACUCCUAGAGACCCACUUCAAUUUCCAGACUUCAAUACUGUCAAAAUGAGUCGGGAGUGUUCAAAGAAAAAGUGUCAACAAUUAUGAAAAAAAAAAAAAGCUUCAAAACACUGACCGAUCCCUGUCUCGCUUGUGAGUGGGCCUCCCCAUCUCAGGACAUCGUUCUACUAACAAUCUAUUCGCUCUACGAAUGUCGUUUUGAUUGAUGCUGCUAACAGAUAUGAGUGCAUCCUACGCUAAUAAAAACUUGUUUCCAAAA